CGCAGCCUCUCCUAUUGGCCGGCAACGUCAGAGAUGUGCGCCCAGAGACUCUCUCGGUCUGGGAAUGAGGAACUCACUGUAGGAUGGGAGAUGCGGAUCUGUAAAGGAAAGGAGCCCCCUCGGAUCGCUAAUGCAGAGAAGCCAGGGCAGCUUGGAGACCCGGAGCUCCACCGGCACCCAGACUGACAGCAUGCAGGGCCAGGUUCCAAGACUUUCAAAAGUCAAUUUAUUCACACUAAUGAGCCUCUGGAUGGAGAUGUUCCCUUCUGACAAACUUGACCGAGCCAAAAAGAAAACCCAGACUAAAAAGACUGGCCUUGUUGUGGUUUCAAAUAUGAGGAUCAUUGGGCUUCACUGUUCCAGCGAGGAUCUGCAUGCAGGGCAAAUUGCUGUUAUUAAGCACGGUUCUAAACUCAAAGACUGUGAUCUUUACUUCUCCAGAAAGCCUUGCUCAGUCUGUUUAAAAAUGAUUGUCAAUGCCGGUGUAAAUAGAAUUUCCUACUGGCCGUCAGACCCUGAAAUGAGUUUACAGCAGGAGUUCCUAGAGCACACCAGUAACGGGGAUGCCAAGCUUGAUGCCAAAGCCGUUGAAAGGCUGAAGUCAAACAGUCGCGCUCAUGUCUGUGUCUUGCUGCAGCCGCUAGCGUGCUACAUGGUACAGUUUGUAGAAGAAACAUCCCUGAAAUGUGAUUUUAUUCAGAAAAUUGAAAAGAAACAGCCGCUUUUUAGCACAGGAUUGUUUUAUGAAUACAGACAAGAAAAAAUAAAGGAGUUUGAAACCCGCUUUUUAAUUUCCAGUGAAGAUACACACAAGGAUAUCCUAAGAUUAAUGGGGCUGGAAAAUCUCUGCGAGAAUCCAUAUUUUGUUAGUUUAAGGCAGAACAUGAAAGAACUGGUUCUCAUUUUAGCCACAGUGGCCUCUAGUGUUCCCAAUUGCUGUGACUUUGGCUUCUACCUCAGUGACCCUCAGCCGAAUAGUGAAGAGAGUCAGCAAAGCCUCAGUCAAGAAAUGGCCCUACACUGUAUCAUUCAGGCACGGCUUCUGGCUUAUCGAGGAGAGGAUCACAAGACUGGCGUUGGUGCUGUCAUAUGGGCAGAACGUAAAUUUGGUGGAGUAGAUUGUGAUGGCACAGGUUCCCUCUACUUCCUUGGUUGUGGUUACAAUGCCUUCCCUGUGGGCUCUGAAUAUGCUGACUUCCCUCAUAUGGAUGACAAGCAGAAGGACCGUGAAAUUCGGAAGUUUAGAUAUAUUAUUCAUGCUGAGCAGAAUGCAAUAACUUUCAGGUGCAAUGAGAUUAACCCAGAGGAGAAAACCAUGAUCUUUGUGACUAAGUGCCCUUGUGACGAGUGUGUUCCCUUGAUUAAAGGGGCAGGAAUCCAGCAGAUAUAUGCAGGGGAUGUGGAUAUUGGCAAAAAGAAAGCUGAUAUCUCAUACAUGAAGUUUGGGGCUCUUACAGGAGUGAGAAAAUACACAUGGCAGCAACACCCACAGAGCUUACUAUCAGCUAACCAGGCGGGUGAUGGAACCAAAGAAAAUGGGGUCUGAACGAAGUCAUCAGGAAGAUCUAAACUGGAAUCAUGCAGAGGAGUUACCCAGAGGCCCCUGAAUGACUAAGGGAGAGGGCAAGCUUCUAUGUCCUACCAACAAAAGGAAUCCGUUAACCAAUAGGUUUUCUCAGAUGUUUCAGGAGCAGAGUUUUAAUUAUUCAAAUGUUAGAAAUGAAGUUUUAAGAGAAAUUAUUUAUUAGAUAUUUUUAAUGACUAUAAUGUAUGUAAUUUUAAGGCUGUGUGAAUCAGUUGGCAUAUUUGCACCAAUUCUAUGUAUGCGCCGGGAGUUCUUUGGCAAUAUGCACACCAAUCAGCAAAACACAUUAUUCUCAGGUUGCCUUGAUCUUACCCACAUAUGAACCCUGCCGCUCAGUCUCGGUGACGUGCAAUAUACUGACCAGGAGUGGCUUAACCCGUGCUGUUGGCCAAUGCUAAUAAUGAGUACUGAGUGGCACAGGAUUUCUUGCAUAUCGCAAAGUGAAACAUUUCACAACUAAUAAGAAGCACAGUAACCCUCAGAUGAAUCUCCUGAGCAGUUCUGCAGUGUACAUCUGUUCUUAUGAGCAAUCUUUAUAUCUCACAGAUCCACAAGCUCUGCAGCGUUCAGCUGGGGUCUGUGUCCCUUUUAAUUUAGAUGUUUUUAUUAUUUUUACAGUCUGUACACUUUAUAUUUGCACAAAUGAAAACUUCAGUUCUAGCGUUGUGCACUUGUGUAUGGCCUGGAACUGGGUUUGGUGACAUUUCACUGCACAGGU